UCAGCCCAAGGUAUACCACCGAUUUAAAGGCUUAAAAGCUUGGGGAAAAUUGGAUCAGGGAGAAUCGUCACCCAACUUUCAUUAUUUCCAAGUGGUGUGAUUGAAUUAUAGGGCAAGAUGGCGGUUUGAGCGAGAGGGCUAUACGAGGUGGAGGGGGCUAGCGAGUAAUGGUGGGGUAUUAAAUUCUAAUUAGAGAUGCAGGGGAUCAAUGAUAGGGAGGUUGGACAGACCGAUCCCCCAGUGCCAGCCCAGUAGACUGAUGAGUUAUUGUCAUGUAAAAAAAGUGCUAACAAUAAGACCCAAACGCCGUGCUAUUGUCCAAGCGGAAAGAGCCAAGUUUAUUAUGAGGACUAUAUGCUCUAGAGACCUGGGGCUAGGCGGCUCCUUGGGAGGCUUUUCAUAAAACAAGGCUCAGCUCCUAUAAAGGAGGGCAGUUUUUGAGCAGGCGCCGAGCAGUGCACAUCUACCGACGGCACGAGCCUCCUUUAAACCUGUAAAAAUUCAGCCGUCACACGCUCCCCAACUUUGUCCGCGUUUUGGCUUGCUUUCUUCAUGUGCUCUUCACCAAUUUAAUCCAAUUUGAAUUUCACGUUUGUGCGUAUUUUUUCCUUGGGAGUGCAGCUUUCUUUCUCCACUGAGCCUUUUCAAUGUAUAAAAUGGAGUAUUCUUACCUCAAUUCCUCUGCCUACGAGUCCUGUAUGGCCGGGAUGGACACUUCGAGCCUGGCGUCAGCCUAUGCGGACUUCAGCUCCUGCAGUCAAGCCAGUGGCUUUCAGUACAAUCCCAUCAGGACGACGUUUGGGCCCACCUCCGGGUGCCCAUCGCUUACACCGGGUUCCUGUAGUCUGGGCACACUGCGGGACCACCAGAGCAGUCCGUACGCCGCAGUCCCCUACAAGCUGUUUACCGACCACGGAGGAUUGAACGAGAAGCGGAAGCAGAGACGCAUUCGGACAACUUUUACCAGUGCGCAGCUCAAAGAGCUGGAGCGCGUGUUCGCUGAGACUCACUACCCAGACAUUUACACACGAGAGGAGCUCGCGCUAAAAAUCGAUCUCACCGAGGCUAGAGUGCAGGUGUGGUUCCAGAACAGGCGCGCCAAAUUUCGUAAACAAGAACGUGCAGCCGCCGCCGCAGCUGCUGCAGCAAAGAACGGGUCUGGGAAGAAAUCUGACUCGCGAGAGGAGGACAGCAAAGAGGCAAAGUCAACCGAUCCUGACAGCACUGGUGGGCCCGGGCCUAACCCAAACCCGACUUUGAACUGUGGUGGACCAAGUCCCACUGGCGGACAGGUCAGCGCCACAGGGAACGGCCCGGUUGAACAGGUGAAGACAUCAGUGGCUGGAAUGGGAGGCACUGCGCCGAGUCAAGGUUGGGCUUCAGCGCCGGGCACCAUCACCUCCAUUCCAGACUCUCUAGGCGGACCGUUCGCUAGUGUUCUGUCCUCAUUACAAAGACAGAACGGAGCCAAAGCCACUUUAGUAAAGACUAGCAUGUUCUGAGUUACUGCUGGAUGCAGAAAAGAAACGACGACUGCGAGAUUCAACAAACAAACAAACAAGUAAGCGUUUAUACUAGUCACUGACAACUGAUAAGGUGAAAAUGGAGAAUGCCAAAAGGAGAACGCACUGUAUCUCUACCCACUGGUGUAGAAAGAAGAGACCACCUCUGGUCCUCAUUCGACUAUUUCGAUGCCAUUUGUUUACACCAAACGCUGGAUAACAACAGCCUACCACACAUUAUGUUUUGGCUGUGGGCAUCGACAUAAUUUCUGACGAAUUUAAGUAAACUAACCUGCGAUGCGCGCUCCUGCUGCAAAGGAAACACACCAAGGACUCAUGAAUACAAUGUUAUUAUUCAGUGUCAUUAUACACGUCAUUAUAUAUUGGCGC